UCUAGAUUGGACAUGGAUAGCUGAAAGCAACCAGCCGCCAAGCGGCCCGCCAACAUGACACCCAGCUGACCACAUCAGCAGCGCAAGGCAGAGAUGGGUGAGCAGUUCAGAUGGAACCCUUCAGAAGAGGAAAUGGGGCAGAUGCUGCUUCAGGCCGUCUACAUGGAGGACCAGGUCACACUGGAUCACUUGAUUAGACAGAAGGCAAAUCUAGAGGCACGAGAUGAGACGGGUGCAACUGCUUUGCAUAUUGCUGCAACCAGAAAUAUGUCCAAGACCGUUUCGUGGCUUCUGCGGCAUCAUGCCACUUGCUCUUCGAAAGAUGGCGACGGCUAUCAAGCUUUGACUUGGGCCUGCAUCAAAGGCCAUUUGCAGAUCGUCAAGAUUCUCUUGGAGGCAAGAGCAAGUAUGGAUGAAGCUGCAAGCUCCACCGGCAAGACUCCGCUUUCCUUGGCGGCGGAAAGAGGGCACACGCAAGUGGUAGAGGAACUCCUGGCAAAGCAGGCGCAGGUCGAUCAGCUGAACAGUGAUGGCAGCACAGCGCUUCAUGCUGCCGCCCAUCAGUGUGAGGUUGAGAUCGUGGCCUAUUUGCUGUCCAGGAAGUCUCUGGUGAACACCGUGGACAAUGAGGGCUGGACUCCGCUGAUGUAUGCCAUGAACUCCCCUGUGGCAAUUUCAGACGGUCCACGUCCGGAGCUCGGAGAGCGCAAGGUGCAGCUGGAUGGUGUGGUUGGUCGAAAAUCAACGCUUGAGCUGCUGUUGCUCCACAAGGCGGAUGUCAAUGCUCAAUCUGUUGAUGGCUUGAGUUCCUUGAUCAUCGUUUGUGCCCACGAUCGCCCACAUGCCGCGAAGCAGCUGAUCCAUGCAAAGGCACAGGUCAAUAUGGCCGGUGCGAAAGGACAAACAGCCAUGUUGAUGGCUGCUUCCAAUGACUUGAGACUCGUGGCGAAGGCGUUGAUCAUGGGCAACGCAGAUGUCAACCAGGCCAAUGCGAAAGGGGAGAGCCCUUUGUCGGUCUCCGAACAGUUGGGCUACAGGGGCGUCGCGGAUCUCCUGAAGAGCGCUGGCGCCCUGCCGCCCAAGGGCAAGAAGGGCAAGAAGGGCCGAAAGUAGCGGGGCGAAACCGGCCGGUCGAGGACGCGCAUCGCACGACGACUUCACCUUGUAGAGCACCGUGAGAUCUCUUCACACCUGGCUGGUGAGUUGGGUGCAAGUCUGUAGUGACCCUCCG